AUGACUAUAGAGUGGAACCCACCUGCUGCCACCAAAGAGCAGCUUAGUCAUGCCGAAUUGACAGUUUUAGACUUGUCCAAGUACGAUGAGGCCAAUGGGAAGUACGAAUUGGCCCAGGAACUCAAAACCGCCGUGUCCAAAGAUGGAUUUUGGUCAAUUAUUGGACAUGGGAUCUCGCCCGAAGAGGUGUCCCGUCAGUUCGCCCUAUCGAAGCAUUUCUUCGAUGAUUAUACGGUGGCAGAAAAGCUGGCACAAACAGUUGAUUUUGAAAAAGGUGAUUAUUUCGGGUACAAAUCAGCGGGCGUGAAAAGAGUGUUUGGAACACAGGUAAAAGAUACGACAGAAGUGUUCAACAUCCCCAAAUUCAACGGCCAAUACGAAAGCUACUACAAGCAAGACUUCAUCAAACAGCAUCGGAAAGAGCUAGACGAUUUCAGUAAAAAAAGCUAUGAAGUGGGCAAAAAGCUUUUGACGUUAUUCGCAAUUAUCUUGGAGAUUGAUGAAGAAUACUUUGUCAAUAAUCAUUUGUACAACGACCGCAGCGACGACCACUUGCGGUACAUGAAGUACAGCAUCAGAUCGGCCGAAGAUGACAAGCAGGUUGAAAACAUCUAUGCCCGAGCACAUACGGACUUUGGGUCAUUAACGCUUCUUUUUGAGCAAAGGGUAGAAGGACUUCAAAUUAAGUUGCUGGACGGGUCGUGGAAAUAUGUGAAGCCAGUCGAGAAUGGUAUUGUGUGCAACAUUGGUGAUGCCCUUACAUUCUGGUCGAAUGGCUACUUCAAACUGACAAUCCAUAGAGUUGUACGUCCUCCUGAAGACCAAGUUUCGCAGCCACGGUAUGGGCUUUUUUACUUUUUCAGACCGGGGGAUAAAAGUGUAGUUCAAAUCGUCGACUCGCCGGUAUUGAGGCUGCAAGGGCUAUAUAAGGCAAGUGAACCGUUGAACGGAACCGAAUAUGUGAGAAAACGGGUUGAAAAUUACCAUAAUCGAAAUGACUAUCCCAAACAGGCGAAUGUGAAGUUUAAGGUGGGCCUGUACGAAGUUGUCGACGGGUUCGAUUAGUGCUGUCCAGCUCAGAAUGCUGUGGUUUUUGAGCGGUUUUCCAAUGCUAUAUUAUUUAUGUUUACUGAGUCCGAAUUCCAUAUUGCCUUUCGGAAAAGUUUGUAUAGUAACAUGGGUGUUGAUAGUGUCAUGAAU